GCGGCGGGGGGCCGCCGGGGCCGGAGAAUGAGCGGACCCAGCGUGUCCUGCUCGGCCUGCGCAGCUUCGUGGCCUUCGCCACAAAGCUCUGACGCUCCUCUCAUACCUGCUGCGGGGGACAGGUACCGCACCGUGAUCCAGUACCAGACGGUGCGCUAUGACGUGCUCCCUCUCUCCCCAGCCGCACGCAACCGGCUCAACCAGGUGAAGCGGAAGGUCCUGGUGCUGGACCUGGACGAGACGUUGAUCCACUCCCACCACGAUGGGGUGAUGCGCCCCACGGUGCGGCCCGGGACCCCUCCCGACUUCAUCCUCAAGGUUGUGAUAGACAAACACCCCGUCCGCUUUUUUGUACAUAAGAGGCCGCACGUGGAUUUUUUCCUAGAAGUGGUGAGCCAGUGGUACGAGCUGGUGGUGUUCACGGCCAGCAUGGAGAUCUACGGCUCUGCGGUGGCCGACAAGCUGGACAACAACAGGAGUAUCCUCAAGAGAAGGUAUUACCGGCAGCACUGCACUUUGGAGCUGGGCAGCUACAUCAAGGAUCUGUCGGUGGUGCACAACGACCUGUCGAGUGUCGUCAUCCUGGACAACUCGCCGGGCGCCUACCGGAGCCAUCCAGGUUCACAGCAGAUGUGCGGUCGGUGCUGAGCCGGAACCUCCAUCAGCACCGCCUCUGGUGACGUCAGCACCUCCUUUCUUCAGGCGUUGGCCCCUGACCUCCGCCGGAUCCCACCGCUACCACCAUCACCAUCAAGUGGACUCUGCCGCCGUUUCCUGAACUCUGGAGAAGAGCGGAGGGGGUGGUCAGUGCCCCCCCCACCCCCCCCCGAGUGCCCCAACAACAGAUGACUCCCCCCCACACCUGGCCCUGUGCCAAGAAUGGGCGGGGUCUGACUCAGAGGGAGGAGCUUAUCCGGCAGCUGGACAAAGAAAGGGGGUGUGCAGCUUCACGGCGCGUGGAUGGACGUGUCCGAUCAGGCCGGGGGGUGUGUCUGGUUUUACAAGACUCUCCCCCCCCACCCCCCCGGCCUUGUACAAAGACCUUGUUUUUUCUUUUUCGUUCUGUUUUUCCCUCCACUUCUCCCUGGGCUGGAGCCGCUGGAUUUUUUUUUGCCCGGGGGAGGUGUUGGGUCUUGGAUCUGUGCCCCAGGGACGACCCUUCUCUGUUGGGUUCUUGACUCGGACUCGGGGGGAGGGGGAAAACCCGGGUGGGAAAUUAUAGCCGCUAAGCAAGGCCAGAACC